ACCAGCCUAAACCAGCUCAUGACCAGCUCAAACCAACGGCUAUGCUUCUACAACCCCAUGCUGGUUUUUUCAACUGGGUAGAUGGAUAGUUCACCAAAAAAAUGAAAAUUCUGACAUUAUUUAUUCACCCUCAUAUCGUUCCAAACAUUUAACAUAGUUAAACUGACAUGGUUUUUGCACUUUGUCAAGUUGAAUAAAGAAUGUGCUUUUGCCGGGGAAGCUUCUGAUUGUUUUAUGCUUUAUAAGAGAUGAGUUAUAUCUUAUAUUGUUUAAGAAAUGAAAUGGGGGAAAAAAGAUGCAUCAUGAUAUGUGGUGUUUUUGUAUGUCUUAACAAUAGUGCUGUCAAUAAAUGACAGUUCAGUUUACACUGGCAACAUUUUAAUCAUUAGCUAGCAAAAUCGGUGUGCAAAUGGCAAACUCUACAAACAGUGUUUAGUUGUACAAUGAUUUUUUUUCCCUUCUUUUUGUGCUUGCUUUUUAAUGGAUUUUGUUUUGUAAAACUAAUACCAUAAAUAGGUUUUAGAAUGAAGUCCCUCCCACAUUCUGUCUAGCCACUGAAAAUCUAGAAAGCCAUCUAUGUCAAAAGCAAAUAGUUGAUAUGUUUGUAAUGUAGAUUGUGAGACAAACAGAAGCACAGAGGUAAAGGUUCAUCAUCGUCAGUCUUUUUGAAGUCUUCAGCUAUAAAGAUGCACUUAGGAUUAAUUGUAUGUCUAGUGAGCAGUAUAAUCUGUUCUGCAGCUCUGGAGCAGGUUAAGAGCAGUUGGACUGGGAAGCUGUUAGUGGUGCCCAUGGAUGGAAGUCACUGGACAGGGGUGAAGGCUGUGGCUGAAGAGAUGGGACGUAGAGGACACACGGUGGUUGUGGUGAUUCCAGAGAUCAGCAUGCGCUUGGGUCCAGGCAAACACUACACCACAAAGACGUUUCCAGUCACAUAUGGGCAGGAUUUAAUCAACCAAAUCAAACCAAACAAACAUGUUCGUGAACUAACCGAGCCAGAGCAGUCCCUUCUGAAGAGUGUUUCUUUAAAGGUGGACUUUAUGAGAAAUGCUUUAAACUAUAUGGCCUCUACAACUGAGAGUCUGUUAAAGAGCAGAGAGCUUAUAGAGUUUCUGAGAGAACAAAACUUUGAUGCUGUUUUAACUGAUCCUGCCCUACCAAUGGGAGCCAUUCUGGCGUAUAAUCUGUCCGUACCUGCGGUGUACAUGUUGAGGGGUUUACUGUGUGAAGCUGCAGCCACAGGCAGUCCUGAGCCUCCUUCAUAUGUGCCACGUUUCUUUACACAGUACUCAGACUGCAUGUCUUUUAGUCAGCAUGUACUGAACAUUAUUGCCAGCAUGCUGGAACCACUGAUAUGUAAAUUGAUGUACUGGCCCUUUGAGGAAUUGACAUUCAACUUCCUUCAGAGAGAUGUGAGCCUGACUGAGAUCCUGAGAACUGGAGCCGUCUGGUUGAUGCGGUAUGAUUUCAGUCUGGAGUUCCCCAAACCCCUAAUGCCCAACAUGCAGCUGAUAGGAGGAAUUAACUGUGGAAUUAGGAACCCACUGAAAAAGGUAAUUUCCUUUUAUUGGCAAAGUGUGCCUACUGCUGUGAGACUGGAUUGGGGGAAGUAUUGUUGGUCGGGUUAUCUCUUUAACUGAGGAGAUGGGAAGGAAAGGAGUGGCGAGCUUCUCACGCAAACUGGGCUUGAGCAGAGGGGG